AUGCCAGCGUCGGAUUUACACAACGGCGGUUUUGUCUCGGUUGGGACUCACCACCUUUUCGCCACGCUGAGCGGCAUUUCUCGGCCUGCUGGGCACCCGCUCGUGAUUUUUAUCCCUGGCGCGGGGGAUGUGGCUUCGUCCUACUGCGCCGUCGCACGUCGAAUCGGCACCUUUGCGACGCUCCUGUUAUACGACCGGGGUGGACUAGGCCGCAGCGAAGAUGGUCCAGUUUUGGUGCUUCAUCGCGCCACUACGGCCGCCCAAGAACUGCACACACUACUUGAUCAGGCGCAGCUGUCACCUCCCUACCUUGUCGUCGGACAUUCCUAUGGCGCGAUCAUCGCACGCGAAUUCCUUCAUCUUGAUCCUCGAGCAGUGGCUGGUAUGGUCCUUGCGGAUGGCUCGACGGAACGGCAGCCUGAGCUCUUGCAAGAUCCCGAACUUGAUAUCUCUGCGGUGCGGGGCGGGUUGAAAUUUGCACAGGUAACUGGUCUGCGAAUCAACGCGCAGUUGUCGCGGGAGGAGUGGCGGACGCGGGCAAAGGAUAUUGCUCGCGGGCAGGAAACCUGGGCAGCCGAGGCCAAUGCUUUAGUAGAGAUAUGUCAGACACUGGGGGCGAAAGAGCAGUAUCGACACCAAGCAUUAGGGGAGAAGCCGCUGUCGGUGAUUCGGUGUCGUGGGUCGCUGGACUACCGAAGGAUCUACGAAGCGGGUGUGGCUGCAGGCAAUGGCAGUGAAGCACAGCAGAAAGCAUUUGAGCGCCUGCUGGAGCGCUGGGAUGGAUUGGAUCGAGCGAUGCAAGAGGACCAGCUGCACUUGUCGAGUCAAAGCCGCCUGGUGUAUUUGGAAGACUGUGGGCAUCAUGUCCAUUUGUUGCGACCGGAUGUGGUCGCUGACGAAGUACGGUGGGUGCUAGGCAUGAUCAUAGGAGAGCAGAAUCGGCGAGUUUAA